CCGACGGGCCCGGCUGAUGUCGAGAAUCUGCUCGACCUCAGUGGCGCGCUUCUCAGCUGCUUGCCACGUGGUGAAGGUCUCGAGCUCGAUCUUUCAGUACACGCGGGAGGGGAUGCCGCUCAGGUCUCCAUACCCAGAGCGAUCUGCCGGACCCUUGAACAGUGCGGAGAACUCCGCCGCGGUGCGUUUUUCACGGACCGACUUGUCCGCGCAGAGCUUCGCCAGCUCUACUUGUGCUGCCGCCUCGUCGUCAAGAUUUCCGAAGCGGGCCCUGAAGGCGGCGGCAAAGGCCGCUUCGUUCGCGAAUGGGGUCAUGGCCCCUUGCACACCUAUCUGCACCGAUACGAGCUGGGCGAAAUAGGGAGUGGCCCAGGCACGGGCAUCGCCAUCGAGCAGGCUCAACGCGACCUGCACUUUUAG